AUGAUGGCUGACACCACGCUUCCCACUCGUACGCUGGCCAGCAUAACGGUACCAGACACACCUCUGAUCACUGCAGCCAUCGCACUAGCUCGCAAACAUUUGACCGACGUCUCUUAUCAACACAUCAUGCGCAGCUUCCUCUUCGGCUUUGCCAUCGCAGAUAAGAUCCCACCACUUCAGACCCGUGACAAGGAGCUUCACGCUCUCGGAGCAAUUCUUCACGAUAUGGCCUGGGACACGACCAACACCUUCAUCAGCCCGGAUAAGCGCUUCGAGGUCGAUGGAGCCAAUGCAGCACGAGACUUCGUCGUGCAACAGACCGCUCAUCUCGACUUCCAGACCUGGGAUAAGCACAGGCUGCAGUUGCUAUGGGACGCCAUCGCGCUGCACACCACCCCUUCUAUCGGCCAGCACAAGGAGCCGGAAGUGCAGGCUACUGGACUUGGUAUUUUCGUGGACUUCUGCGGGCCAGAUGCUGUGCCAGGCACUAUCACCAAGAACGAGUGGGCAGCUGUCGUCGCAGAGUUCCCAAGACAAGGCUUCAGGGAUGGCGUCGUGGGGAUAAUGUGCGGUCUUUGCCGCACGAAACCCGAGACGACUUAUGACAACUUUGUCGGCGACUUUGGUAAUGAGCUGGUUGAAGGUUAUUCGAGGAAAGGUCAUCGUUCUAUGGAUAUGAUCAUGGCUCUCGUCGAGUGA